UCUGGCGAGUCUGGUUUUGUUCACUGCACUGAAAACAGAUGGCCGUCGACAAAUAUGGGCCCGAGGAGUUCAAUGAGCAACCCUAACCCUACACUCAUUGUUCUCGGUCAACUGACAAUCACCUACACCCGGCUAUGACCGGGAAUGAUGUCUCCACGAACCACGACCGGACACCAUCUGCCGAGGAUGGUGAUCUUCAUGGUGUUUCCGAGGCGCAACUGAUGAGUAUUUCAUAUUCUUUACUCUUGAUGCUGAAGUAUAUUUUACUUUGUCUUUUCUCAGCAUCAAGAUAGGUAUCAGGCCAAUAUAACCGACGACUAUGUCAACGCUUCUUUUACGACGAAUGCAACCUACACGGGCUCUUGUUCAUGGGCGUGCCAGACCUCCCCAAAAUGUCAGGACCUACGCAUCCGCCUCUCCUGUCUCGCGGUUCAACUGGGAAGACCCGCUCGGGUCCAGAAACCUGUUGACCGAGGAAGAACUGGCCAUAUCCGAAACAGCUGAGCGGUAUUGUCAGGAGCGGUUACUGCCACGGGUGCUUCAGGCAUACCGAGAUGAGCACUACGAUCCCAAGAUUCUUCAGGAGAUGGGUGACCUGGGCCUCCUUGGCGCCACCAUCCGCGGAUACGGGUGCGCUGGUGUCUCAGCCGUCGCCGGGGCCUUGAUCACCCGCGCCGUCGAGCGCGUCGACAGUGGCUAUCGGAGCAGCAUGUCUGUCCAAUCAUCACUGGCCAUGGGCGCAAUCCACGACUUUGGGUCGAAAGAGCUGAAGGAGAAGUAUCUCCCGGAGAUGGCCAAGGGCAAUAUCACCGGUGCCUUCGGCCUCACCGAGCCGAACCAUGGCAGCGACCCUGGGUCUAUGGAAACCGUGGCCCGCGAACACCCGCAAAAGAAGGGCUACUAUCUGCUCAAGGGGUCCAAGACGUGGAUCACCAACUCGCCCAUCGCCGACGUGCUAGUGGUGUGGGCGAAAUUGCAGGAGACAGGCAAGAUCCGGGGUUUCCUGGUCGAUAGGAAGCAGUGCCCGGCGGGGACCCUGGAGACGCCUGCCAUCAAGAACAAGACGGGCCUGCGAGCCUCAAUUACCGGCAUGAUCCACCUCGAGGAUUGCCCUGUGUCGAAGGAGAACAUGUUCCCCGACGUCGAGGGUCUCAAGGGCCCUUUCACCUGUCUCAACAGCGCCAGAUACGGCAUCGCCCUCGGCGUCAUGGGCGCGCUCGAGGAUUGCAUCGCCAGGGCGCGGGCAUACGCCCUCGAGCGCAGGCAGUUUAAGGGCAACCCGCUGGCCAAGUAUCAGCUCAUCCAAAAGAAGCUGGCAGACGCGGCGACGGAUGCCGCCUAUGGGACGCUUGCCGCCAUCCAAGUAGGCCGGCUGAAGGACGAAGGGAAGGCGACGCCUGAGAUGAUCAGCAUGGUCAAGCGCCAGAACUGCGACAAAGCGCUCCACAACGCACGCGUGCUGCAGGAGAUCUUUGGCGGCAACGCCGUCAGCGACGAGUACAUGAUCGGGCGCCAUGUCGCCAACCUCUAUGUCACCCAGACCUACGAGGGCCAGAGCGACAUUCAUAGCCUCAUUCUGGGGAGGGCCAUUACCGGAAUCCAAGCCUUCGUAUAAUGAUUGGGUGGGUGGUGUUGGGACGGCUAUAGUGCGCUUAUCGGGUUGUCGACCUGACUCAGGCUUCAAGUCAAUCCCCUGAAAUGUCGCAGCGCCAUUUCGCUUGCUCCUCCUCUUUUGCUUUCCUCUGUGUUGUGUGCCCAUACAAGCCGGAGUGCGGAACCAUGUCCAUGAAGCCCUCGUUUGAGCUACUCGUCAGACCCUACUGUGGUUUAGAUCAAUUUAUCCCGUAUCUAUACCUCGCAAACGAC